UCAGAAAAACUUAUUGGUUACAAUAAGAAACAUUUAUUAUUUCUAUUGAAUAAUUUCCAAAAAAAACAAAUUUUAACAAUGAAAUAUUUCAUUGCAUUGUGUGUAAUUGCAGCUUUGUGCAUUGUUCAAAAUGAGGCUAAAAAAUUAUCUGCUGACCAACAAAAACAGUUAAAAGAAAAAUCCGAAGAAUGUAAGAAAGAAACAAAAGUCGAUCCACAAUUAAUUGAAAAUGCAAAAAAAGGUGAACCCGUAAGUGGCGAUGAUUUCAAAGCGUACGCAGUCUGUUUAACAAAACGUUUAGGUUUAUUAAAUGAUGCUGGUGAUGUUAACAUCGAAAAAGCUUUAGCAUUUUUACCACCAGGCGAAGAUAAAGCUGCUGCGAAAAAAUCAUUAGAUAGUUGUCAAAAUAUUAAAGUUGAUGAGGCUAUUAAUACCAAAUUCUUACGAUCCUUAUGUAUUUAUAAGGAAUUCAAAGGAAUUUUGUAAAUUAAAUUUCAAUUCAUCUUUCUAUCUCUAGAAAGCAAUACGCAAACAUAAACAUUUAUUAGAGUUUUUUUUUUCGAAAAUAUGUU